GUCUACCCGGAGCUGGUCCUAUCUCUGUGUUGAAGGCUGAACCUGGACCUGGGCCAGACCGAUAUAACCAGGUCUACCCGGAGCUGGUCUUAUCUCUGUGUUGAAGGCUGAACCUGGACCUGGGCCAGACCGAUACAACCAGGUCUACCCGGAGCUGGUCUUAUCUCUGUGUUGAAGGCUGAACCUGGGCCUGGGCCAGACCGAUACAAGCAGAUCACAUCAGGGAUAUUUCUACGAGGAUCAAUCUGGUUUCAGACGGGGAACAAACUGUUGAUUGUCAGGGCUGACAUUCCUGCUAUCUUCUCAACUCCUCAGAAGAUCUUACAACCGUUUGAAUUGGUCAGAAUUCUGAGAAGUUAACAAAUAUUGCUACAAUGUUUAAUCCUUUUAAAACAGUGGUUUUGCCCCGCCCUAUGCGGUUGGCAGAAGCUGUUAAGAUAGAAGGCAAGAAGAUUAAAGGACGUUCAGGUACUCUGGACGUUUACACUCUUCCUCUGGAAGCCCAGUCCAUGGAGAUAGAGGGAUGCAAAUGCUUCAUGUUUGGAAAAGACUUUGGUAGAAAGAACCGCACCAUCAUGGUUCUAGGAGCCACUGGGGCGGGCAAGUCCACCCUGGUCAACAGGAUGAUCAACUACAUCUUGGGUGUCACAGGGGACGAUACCUUUAGAUUCAAGUUGGUAGACGAAGGCACGGCCAAGUCUCAGGCUCACAGCCAGACCUCUGAAGUCACCGUGUACAAGCUCAACCACCGAGAGGGCUUCCAGAUCGACUACUCCCUGACUAUUGUGGACACGCCGGGUUUUGGAGACACGAGAGGCAUAGAGAGAGAUAAGUUGAUUAUGAGUCAGCUAGAAAAUUUAUUCUCGGCUAAAGGUGGAAUCAGCGAGAUUGAUGCCAUCUGCUUCGUGGCCCAAGCGUCUCUAGCUCGGCUUACAACUACACAGAAAUACGUCUUUGAUUCGGUGCUCCGCAUAUUUGGCAAAGAUGUGGCAGAGAACAUCCGGAUUCUGGUGACAUUUGCAGAUAACACAAAACCUCUGGUUCUCGGGGCGAUCAAUGAAUUCGGGGUCCCAUGUCCUAAAACGAAAAAUGGUUUACCAAUUCACUUCAAAUUCAAUAACUCUAUACCUGGUGCAUACAACGAAAAUGAGGGGGGUGACAUUGAAGAAGAUGGAAACAAUGAUGAGGAUGAUGAUGAUGAUGAGGGAGAAGAAGGCCUUAAAAAGUGUUGGGACAUGGGAACCAAAAACAUGAAAAACUUAUUUUCUGAUCUGAAAGUCAUUGAGACCAAGAGCUUGACCUUAACCAAGGAGGUGCUCAGACAGAGAGCUCAGCUGGAGAUCUCCAUUGAUAAUAUCGAGAAUAAGGUGAAAUUGGCCUUAACUAAACUUGAGGAGAUUAAAAAAGAAUCUCAAAUUCUCCAAGCACACGAGUCAGCUAUCGCAGACAGUAAGGAAUUUGAUUAUGAGGUCAGCGUCACAAGGCCUGUUAAAGUUAAAACCGAAGAAUACUCAAUGAACUGUGAGGAAUGUAACGUCACUUGUCACAAAUCAUGCUGGGUAAGGCAGGGUAUCGACCUGGUUAAGACUGUGGUAACGUUUCUUCCCACAAUUCCAACUCCCGUGACAAAUUAUUUUUGUGAGAUCUUUACCUGGGCUGGUAAAUGCAAAGAAUGCAAAGGCGAGUGCCCUACAACGAAGCAUGCCCUGGAGGCUUUCUACUGGGGUUCCGAGACGGUGAAAGAAAAACGAACCUACGAGGAGCUGAACAAACAGUAUGAGAGGGCCUCUAAGAAAGCCAUGUCCGUUGGUGACAUCAUCAAACAGAUGGAGCUGGAGUACGACCACCUAGAGGAUGAGGUGGUCGGGCUGAUGGAGCGCUCAGCCAAGUGUCUCAACACCCUGAAGGAGAUCGCUCUGAGGCCCGAUCCAAUCUCAACACCUGAAUACAUCGACCUGCUGAUAGAGGGAGAGAAGUCAGAGGCCAAGCCUGGCUACCUGGAGCGCAUCUGUAAACUCAUGGAGCUGAAGAAAAAGGCCAUUACCACGGGGGAGGUUGCUAGUGGGGCCACGGCCGACUCAAUUUUGCGGUAGGACAGUCCACUGGUUAGUAACUCUCCCAGCACAAACCCCCAAAAAAGAAGUUAAUAUAGGCUCUUAAUACGCAGCUCUUGUCAAUGCUGUAGAAUGUUCUGUUCACUUGCAUGGGCCUUCCCGACUUCCGGCGGUCAAUUAUUUUUUGGCAAUUUACCGCGUCGGUGUCGGGUUAGCCCUGUGAGGGCUUAUUUUCCGAUAAUCUAUACUCAAUUUGAUUUAAUUACAUGGAUGCUCUUGAUGAGAAUUAACUGAGUAAUGAAAUUUAUAGAAAUGUUUUUAAUCUGUCUUUCUUAUUGGGUAUUUUGUAAAUUGAUGUGUGAAUGCAUUUUCCUAAUUCAGAUAGAGGAGCGUUCUUCCUUGCUUCACUGGUUUGUUUAGCCUAGAUGCUGGGUUUGGAGCCCCCCCACAACCUGUUCACUCUCUGGCUGAGGUUACAUUGAAGCGAGACUUCUGUGAUUCGCUCAGUCUAGAUCGCGAUGUUGAAAUGAACAAAUAAAUGUAUUCCCCUGAUUUUAUUCCCCUAUUUUUGAGUUUAUUACCAUGAUUUUGAUUUCCUUUCUGUUGUUCUGUGUACUUUAUAUGCUUGGCCACAUACUCCACUCCAGCUGGAAAACUGAGUCACUAAGUGUAUUGAUUUAGUGCUUCUGUGUCCUAAUUUUUCAAGUUAAUUGUGCAAAUUCGUAUGUGUACGUAACACACACUUCAGCACAUUGGAUUAUGACUGUGAUGUACUUUUGUCAUGAGAUUAAUACAUUUCUCAUUAUUUUUUAAUUCAUGGUUUGUUGCGUUCUUCAUCAGUAGUUUAUCAAUGUAGAUGUUAUGGCAAUUCAUGAUGCAAUAUUUAUAAGUUUGGGUCCCGGGAGACACAUAUUUCUCCUUUUGGUCUUGAAGUGAAAAUGUUUAGAACCCCUGUAUUAGAGGACAAGAACCAAGGCUCUAAAACAAUAUUUACUAAAGUAUAAUCAUGUUGAAUCAUGCGUUACCUAAAAGAAUUAAAGAUGAUUACAAUUAUC